GAGGUACGAGUGUAACUGCGUGUGGCAAAGACUUGAGCCGCUGUGAGCAGCAGCCCAGCAAGUCCAUCUGAGCGCUGCAGCGCUGCGGCACCACGGAGAUCACGGGCAGCUUUAAAUGCUUUUGAAACUCGGCUAACCGGAGAGCUGCUAUGGCGCGUAAGAAAGCCGCCAAGAAGUCGACUGCGCGCAAAAAGAAAAAAGCCUCGGAUAGGGACGAGGAAGCGGAGGAGGCGACCGCUGAUUUCGUCCGCCAGAAUAAGGCGCGGCGGCGGAGCCGGCUCGACGACGUGAGCUUCGACGACGACGGCAAGACGCGCGACACGACGGCGGCACACGCACGGGCCAUCGCGGCAAAGCCACGCAAGAGCGAAGACAGCCAGGACUUCGAACUCGUAGGCGUCCAAACAGCAGAAGAGCGCGCCGAAGCGAACCGCCAGCGAGCGGAGCAGGAGGGCGACGUGCUAGAGGUCGACGACGACGCCUCGGACGCGCCCCCACCAUUGGGAUACGUCUGCGUCCUGAAGAGCGACGGCGCCGACGGCGAGCGCGUGCCCCUGCACGAGACGCUGAAAUUUGGCCGCGCGCUCGACAACGACGUGCGCGUCCCGGUAGCUCGUUGCUCGCGCCUCCACGCGGAGCUGACGGUGGACGGGCACGCAACACUACAGAACCACGCCCGGGCCGCGAACACCACUGUGUUACGUGGCGAGACGCUCAAGCCGAAGGAGGCGCGUGAGGUGAAUAGCGGAGACGUCUUCGAGAUCUGCGGCCGGCGAUUUCGGUUCGAGGCGGCGGUAGCGCCGGCGCCGGCGCCGGCGCCUUCGCCACAGCAGGCGGUCGACGUCGAUCUAACGGGGGCGCCGGACUCCGACGAUGAGGAGGAGCCCGAGUUCUCGCCGCCGGAAUCGGCCCCACAGGACUCCGACGUCGACUACGAGGACGAGUCCGACGAGUCCGAGGAGGAGGAGGAGUCCGACGACGACUCUCGCGCGAAUGAUGUUUGCUACCGCUGCGGCGGGCGCGGCCACUGGGCGAGCGACUGCGGCGAGCCGUACAGCUACUACGGCUACGGGAGGUACUAGCCGCGACUAACCA